AUGAAAGAAAUAGCAUUGUAUAAUAAUAAUUUAAAUUUUGAAAAUAUAAAUAAGAAUGAAAGUAUAAUAUUAUCAGAAGAAAAUUUUGAAAACAAAUUAAAUGCUACAAAUAAAUCGAAUAAUUAUAAAAUGAAAUCAUCUAUUUCUUUUCAUACUGCUUCAUCUACUGCUUCAAUGAAAAGUAUAAAAAAAAAAAAAAAAAAAUUGAAUUGUAAUGAAAAUAAAAAUAAUAAUACAGAUGAAAAACUUAAUAAGAAUGAUGUAAAUUUAUUGAGAUUUAAUGAUAUGGAAAAAAGAAAUUUGUUUGAUGAAAACAAUUUAAGUUGUGAUAAUAAAAUGACUUUAAAAUGUAGGAGUUUAAGUAAUAAUAAAGUAGUUUUAAAAAAAUUAGAAUAUGAAGAUAAUAAUUUUAAUUUCAUUUUUAAAAAAACGAAAUCUUUUAAUUUUCAAAAUAGUUUAAAAAAAAAAAUAAAAAAUAAUAAAAACAAAAUAAUUAUAAAUAGAUUGAAAACUAUCCAAAGUGAAAUUCUUGAUUUUAAAGUAGAUAACAAUAUAUAUAAUGAAAAAAAAGAAAAAAAUAUAGUUAUAGAUUCAUUAAUUACGUCAGAUGAGAACGAAAUGAAAAAAGAAGGAAUAUUACUUCAGUAUGAAAAAUAUAAACAUAAAAAAAAAAGAAAAAAAAAAAUUAAAUCAAGAUUAUUUAAAAAAAGUGUUUGUUAUUCUAAUUAUAUUUCUCCUGAUAUUAUAAACUUGUUAAAUCAAACUAAAUUAAAUUUAACCUUUUAUCAAAGAGAAGCUGAUGAUUUCUUAAAUGUUAUAAGAAAUCUCCAAAAUAUAGUUUUAAUAGAAAGAGAAAAAUAUAAUGAAUUAAAAGAAAUGCUAAAAUAUACUACUGAAGAAAUAGAAAAAGAAAAUAAUAAAUUAUAUGAAGAAUUGAAUAUAUAUAAACAGAAAUAUUACAAAUUAAAAAAACUUAUAUCAAAUAUUGGUUAUGGUAUUUUUUUUAAUAUAGAUAAAAAGGAAAUGAAUUAUAAAUAUAAUAAUAAAGAUAAUGCAUAUAUAAAUUUCGAAAAAUUAUAUAUAAGUGAAGAUAAUGAAAAUCAAAGUGAAAAUGAAUAUGAUUACAUUAUGGUUAAUAAAAAAUUGAAUUUUGCAAAAGAUAAACAUGAUAAUAACAAAUGUAUUAAAAAAUCUAAGAAUAGUAAUCAUUCCUCUUUAUUAAAUUACUUAGAUUUUUAA